GGGAAGGGUCAAAAAUACUUCUAGCUGAGGCACAACGACACACGACAGCGGGUUCCCGGGACUGUUAAGAACCAACCAUGCAGGGAUUGGAUCUUGGUGCCGUGCUGCAUCUAACAGAGAAGAUGACGCCCUUUCUGAAGCUACUCGAUUUUAAGGAAGAAGAUAUAACCGAGUCCGAACUGAUAUCUUACCUGGAUGAACUACCUUUAAUACAGGGUCCACCCUCUGAAGCAUCGACAGUUUCCUUAACCCAAUCGUCAAAUGACAGCGGGCCUGAGACGGUAGAGUCAUUCCUGGAGCAUCGCUCUAACUUACAUUUUGAUGCUACAAAUAGUGCCGGAAAUACAAUACUUCACUGUAUCACCUUAGCCCUAACGGAGAAGCAUAAUGACACCACGAACAUGGUCUUGCUGGAUCUGUUUGACAGAGUGGUGUCAUUUGCAAUAUUUAUGAAACCUCUUUCUCAAGUCUUUCAAAGGCAUAAACGUGACCGUAUUCUUCAUUUGACCACUGAAAUAAAGAAUGAAAAGGAGUUGUCUGUUCUUGAGCAGGCCUUCCAUCUUGCAGCGUAUCCUGUUGUAGAAAGGCUGAUGAUGAUGGAUGACGUCAUGUGUACUGAAAACAAGCAUACUUUCGAGCUCCUCUGGCAGUACGACAUUACCAACAUCACCCCUCUGACAAAUGGGUCUGUAUCACGCUGCAUGACAACGGAAUGUGUGCCAGAACCUUCAUGUCUUGAAAGGAUGUUAACACAUUCAGCAGCCAAUGCAGGCCGUGUCCUGGACAUCCCUCCUGUCAGGGCCAUCGAGAAGAUGUACAAUUCUGUAACCACAAAAAAUCUAUGUCUUCAUCACUUUGAUGCAUAUUGUAUACAUGUCGGUGUUCAGCUAUGCCAGUUGUGA